AUGCCGAGCCCGAACGUCAUCAUCCAGAUUGCGUACAAGAACGAAAGCCUCUUCGGUCGGCGCGCGAAGCUCGACCUAUCUUCCCCCGAGGGAAGCGCCGCGCGGCAUCAGCGCGGUCACGAGACGACCGAGCUCGAGUUUGGUCAACGCCGCGCCGAGACCCACGGUCAUGUGACCGAGAAGGACGCCUAA